AUGAAGACACUGUUUCUGCUGGUUUUCCCCUGCUGGAUAAUCACUGCUAAUAAACUUGUGAAGGAAAAGGACCACGAACAAAGCCAAAAAUACGAUGUUCUCCACUCAAUUCUGUCGGAUUUUGAGGUGCUACCGCUGUCCAGACUGCAGAUGCACUCAGUGAGGAGGAGAGACGUCCACACCCAUUCGCACAUAGAGAGACUGGUCAGCUUCACGGCUCUGCACAGAAACUUCAAGCUGUAUCUGACCUCGAACACUGGGCUUUUUACGGAUGACUUUAAGGUUGUGUUUGUGGAUAAAAACGGUGCAGAGAAAGACUAUGAUGUACAGCUUCAAAACUAUUUCAAAGGACAUGUUGUUGGGGAUGAACAUUCACAUGUCCAAGCACACAUCGAUGGGGAUGAGUUUUCUGCACACAUACUUACUGAAGAGUCUGAAUAUACUGUAGAGCCACUGUGGAGGUUUACGAACUCUGCAGCUGACGGAAGCCUUCUCGUUUAUCGUUCUGAAGACAUUAAGAAUUUGAGUCGAUUGGCUUCUCCAAAAGUAUGCGGAUACAUGCACGCUGCAGACAAGCACCUUCUGUCAGAGUCGGGAUGGAACCGCGAACCGCAGGAGAAUGUGUCCCAGAGUCGAGUAAAAAGGCAAGCCCACGACCACCGGAAAAACACCUGCCCUCUGCUGUUGGUGGCCGAUUACCGCUUCUACAGACACAUGGGGAGAGGACAGGAGAGCGUCACCCUCAACUACCUGAUUGAGCUGAUCGAUCGAGUUGAUGACAUUUAUCGAAACACAACAUGGGACGAGGAGUUCAAAGGAUAUGGAGUACAGAUCCAACAGAUAAUCAUCAACAAAGAGCCCACAAAGCCUCCACCAGGACAUGACCCGCGCUCCUGGGUCCACUACAACAUGGGAAACAGCUCGGUGAAGGGAAAGGAUGCCUGGGACGUGAAGAAACUCCUGGAGCAAUUCAGCGCAGACAUAGCGGAUAAUGCGUCCAGCGUGUGUCUGGCUCACCUGUUUACAUAUCAGGACUUUGACGAGGGGACUCUGGGCCUGGCCUACGUGGCUCCCUCCAAACCCCAUGCACUGGGUGGGCUCUGUCCCAGACCGUACUAUCCUUCUGCCUCAGCCAAGAAGCCCAGUUAUCUAAACACAGGUCUGACCAGCACCAAGAAUUACGGCAAAACCAUCCUAACAAAGGAAGCAGACCUGGUGACCACUCAUGAACUUGGACACAACUUUGGUGCCGAACACGAUCCAGACAAUAUCCCUCUGUGCGCCCCCAGUGACGAUCAAGGGGGAAAGUUUGUCAUGUACCCCAUCGCUGUGAGUGGAGACCACUACAACAACAAGCGUUUCUCCAACUGUAGCAGGACGUCUAUCGGGAAGACACUGCGGUUUAAGGCCCCGGUGUGCUUCAAGGAGCGGAACAGUAAAGUGUGUGGGAACUCUCGUGUGGAGGAGGGUGAGGACUGUGACCCAGGGCUGCUUCACCUGAACCAAGACCCCUGCUGCACAGCCGACUGCAAGUUCAGGCCUGCCACCGUGUUCAGGCCUGCCGCCGUGUGCAGUGACAGAAACAGCGCGUGUUGCCGGAACUGUACAUAUAAAGCAGCUGGGACGCGGUGUCAAGAGGCCAUCAAUGCUACUUGUAAAGGCAUUUCCUCCUGUACAGGAAACAGCAGUAAGUGUCCUCCUCCAGUGAACGCUGAGGAUGAGACGGUGUGUGUGGACAACGGCCGGUGUCGGAGCGGAGAGUGCAACCCCUUCUGUGAAGCCAUGCAGCACCUGCAGUCCUGUGCCUGCAAUGAGACCGAGCACUCGUGUAAAGUGUGCUGUCGGAAGAAUGGAUCAUGCUCUCCCUUCAUCCAGGCCAACGGGAGCUUCCUGUACCUCCGCAAAGGCAAGCCCUGCACCGUGGGCUUCUGCGACGAGUCGGGAAAAUGCAUGAAGCAGGUCCAAGAUGUGAUUGAGAGACUGUGGGAUUUCAUUGACAAACUGGACAUCAACACAUUCGGCAAGUUCCUGGCCGAUAACAUUGUGGGCUCUGUGGUGGUUUUUUCCCUGGUCUUCUGGAUCCCUUUGAGCAUCCUGGUGCACUGUGUGGACAAAAGACUGGACCAGCAAUAUGAGGAAAACGCAAAAGGCUUUUACUUCCCCCCCUGUAGUCAAGAAAUGUUGAGCAAUCUGGAAUCCACAUCCGUGCGCAUCGUCAAGCCUCCUCGAUCACACUUCUCCCCUUCAGAGCCGAGCCAGCCUCUCGCAGGCAACAGACUCACGGGGUUCGAGGAGAGCUCCGCCCUCACCCCGGACAGCGCCCUGGCCACCAUCCAGGAGGACAGCAGCGACUCUCCCCCAGGAGAGGAGGCCCUCGGCGGCUUCACAACCGUAGGAGCCUCCUCGUCGGCUACGAGGUUCUCCUGCGAGGAUCUGAACGAGAACCCAACGGGCCCAGAGCGCCGGCGCCUGCAUCGGCAGGACUGUAUUGACACCAAUGAGACAGAGUGCUGA